UCCUUUUCCACAUUUUACUGAAGCUGUUGUCACUACAUUAGAGGGACUCGCCUCCACUUGUUGAGUUUCCGUUUCCACAGUUCAAAGUUAAGUUGGAAGCACAAGUUCUUAACGGUUUGAACACACUCUCUCCGUACUGGCCGCUAAUAAAGUUAGCUCAUUCCAUCAUCCCUGCUCAGUUAAUGUUAGCAGAAUUCCCCACUUUCUCUGCUAGCCGUUCUCCUGCUGGCGCUUAUGUGUUUCUAGAGGAUCAAAAAACUAUGAUCUAUGGGGCAAAACCAUCCCCCAACCUCUGUUUUACUGUUUUUGUGUUUUGAUACAGGCUGUAAACUAAAUGGUUUGUACAUUUUUAAAGGGUUAUUAUUAUUGUUGUUAAUUUUUGAAGGAGGGCAAAAAAAGAUGGCAAUGGAGUGUAUCCAGUACGGACUACAUGUAGCCUGCAAUUAAUUGACUGAGGAGACCUUAACAGAAAGUUUUCAGACAGGGGGACCCCAUCUGACUUCCAGUACACAAGGGGGAAGGAGCAUCCAACGCCACAUUAGCCCGAGGCUGAUGCCCACAAAGCAGACAGAGAAUGAAUCUGAACUCUUCGGGCGGACAAUUCGUGUCAACUUAGCCAAGCCAAUGAGAAUUAAGGAGGGCUCUUCCAGACCAGUUUGGUCCGAUGAUGACUGGUUGAAGAAGUUUUCCGGGAAGACCCUGGAGGAGAACAAAGAGGAAGAAGGGUCUGAGCCUCCCAACGCAGAAAGCCAGGAGGGAGAGCCGAAGGCCAAAAAGGCCCGGUCGAAUCCUCAGGUGUACAUGGACAUCAAGAUUGGGAACAAGCCAGCCGGCCGAAUCCAGAUGCUCCUGCGCUCAGACGUCGUUCCCAUGACGGCAGAGAACUUCCGCUGCCUGUGCACCCACGAAAAGGGCUUCGGCUUCAAGGGAAGCAGCUUCCACCGCAUCAUCCCCCAGUUCAUGUGCCAGGGUGGCGAUUUCACCAACCACAAUGGCACCGGGGGCAAGUCCAUCUACGGAAAGAAGUUUGAUGAUGAAAACUUUAUCCUCAAACACACAGGAGCAGGCCUUCUCUCCAUGGCCAACUCCGGACCAAACACCAAUGGCUCCCAGUUCUUCCUGACUUGUGAUAAGACGGACUGGCUGGAUGGCAAGCACGUGGUGUUUGGGGAGGUCACCGAAGGCCUGGAUGUCGUGCGGCAGAUUGAGGCUCAGGGCAGCAAGGACGGGAAGCCUAAGCAGAAAGUGAUCAUCGCCGACUGUGGAGAAUAUGUUUGAUCCAGGCGUUUUCGGCUCUGCCCUCAGGUCUGCAGGGGAAGCAGCAGGGAGCCCCUCAGGGUGUUCCUUCCUUUGAAGCAGCAGCAUAUGGCUGAGCACCGCCUCUGCAGCAUGGCCCGGACUUCCCCUGGGCUCCCCCAGCACAGGCACCCACCCUCCCCACUGUGGACAGCUGUGGACAGUUACUGGCUUCUCCAGGGCCGCUCCUGGCCUUCCGGGAUGUUUUCUUCUGGUGAAAUAAAUCCUGGCUCUUGUACUGCU